AUGUUGAGGCUCUCGCGGUCGAGUCUGUCGCAGCGUGAUCGUGAGCUCACCAGUGACGACGAGCAGCAGCGCCAACAAGAUCGGAAGCGGAGAACUACAGCAUCAAGCGACGCCUUCGUUUGCAUGGGGUCACCACCCGAUAGUUUACUGCGAGAUCCGGAACAGCUACAGCACUUGGAGAUCGGCGAUUCAAGGGCUCCAUCGGAGACCCCGGCGGUCAACAUUUGGGACCGUCGGUGGUGCGGCCUCGUGCUCCACAGCGUCGCUAUCGGCAUCGUCAGCACCGUCCUACCGCUGUGCGUCUACCCCUUCCUCACCUGCAACCUCAACAUGGAAGGCACGCAGACGCUGUCGGCGCGCACGCUGCUCGGUCUGCCGUGGGCGCUCAAGCCGAUCUUCGCGCUGUUCGUGCACUGCUUCCCGCUGCUGCCUCGCGGCUUCCAUCUCCGCGCUGUGAUGAUGCUGGGCUGGAGCGUCACGGCUUGCGCUCUGAUCGCCAUCUACUUCCGGGAGCAGCCGACGCCGUACUUCCAGGACCGCAAGAUGGUCGGCACCCCGCUGACGGAGCUGUCGCCGCAGCAGCUGAGCUCGAUCAACCUGGACGCUCCAGCCCACGGCGCCUUCUACGUGAUGCUGAUGAGCGUGGCCUCUGUGGGGUUCGUGCUGGCCGACGUCGCUGGGGACGAGCUGAUCCGAGAUGUGGCGACGCACCACUUGGGCGUGUCGGUGUCUCCACGCGACGAGGACGACGUGCUGCAGCCGGUGAUGACCAAGUACCGUGUGCUGGCCAUGCUGGGCUGCUUCCUGUUCAUGGGCGUGGGCAUGAGCGGGUGGGACUACGGCGGAGACUUUGACUUCUCGCUCGAGUACACGCAGGUGAUGCUGCUGGUGGGACUGGUGUCCAUGCUGCCGGUGGCUUUGCUGGGCUUCACGGUGGGCGAGACGGCUCGAGAGCGCCGGUCGCUGCGCCAGUCGCUGCGACAGAUCUGGUCGCUCGUGCACAACUGCGCGCUGAACCACGUGCUGCUGUGCCGGUUCGUGGGCGGCGUGUGCGCUGGCGUGAGCGCCACGGCGGUGAACCCGGUCGCGUUCUACUACGCUGGCGUGCAGCCUCUGAACGACACGGUCGUGUCGUUCGUGGCCAUCGUCGUGGUGCUGUGGGCGUUGAGCUGGGUGGGCAAGCAGGAGGACUGGGACGUGGACUACCGCGCGGUGAUCGUCGUGGGCACGAUCGCUGCGCUGAUGCUGGACUGUGGCGCGACGCUGUUCACGAUCUGGGGCGUGGUGCGCAGCCAGUGGUUCUGGAUCGGUCUGCCCGUACUGGAGGCGAUUCCGUCGGCGCUGGACUACACGAUUUCUACGGUCGUGCUGACGGAGAUCGCCGAUGCGAGCGCUUACUCCACGGUGAGUGCGCUGGUCACGAGCGUGUCGUUCCUGGCCGGUCCGCUCGGUCUCGCGCUGUCCAAGUACGUGGACGCGCUGUUUGACGUGGCGAACCAGGACAUCAUGAGCGACACGACUGGUGUGCGCGAGAGCAUCAUGGCGACGUUCUUCAUCGCGUACGCGUUGCAGCUGGUGUCGCUGCUGUGGCUGUUGGUGUUGCCGAAGCACGCGAGCGAGGCGCACGAGAUGAAGGUGCGAAGCGGAAACUCGACGGUCCGUGGAGUGGGUCUGCUGGUGCUGUUGUGUCUGAGCUUGGUGUUCGUGGUGGCGGUGCACGCGCUGUCGGUGUACGAGCCAACGUCGUGUUUGGGCUUUUCUGGUGGCAGGGGCUGCUAG